AUGGAAGAUUUACAAUUUGAUUGUGAUGAAAAUCUCUGUCUUGACUCAAUAUUUAAACUUAAAGCUAUUGUACGUGUUCGUGGUGAACAUAAACAAAGAAUUCAAUUAAUUUUAACUAUGGAUACUGUUAAAAUUGUUGAUGAAUCUACUAGAGUUGAAAUUGCUAGUCAUGAAGUUACACGUAUAUCAUAUGUUACUACGGAUCCGACAGAUCCACGUGCAUUUGGGUAUAUUUAUAAUACAAGUGAUGGUCGUCAUCAAUUUUGGGCUAUUAAAACUGAACGACCAGCAUUAGUAACUGUUCUUGCAUAUAAAGACCUUUUUGAUACAGUUUUGGAACAAUUUAAGAAUUUAGAAAAAACUAAAAUACAAGCAAAUCAAACAACAUCUACAUCCGCUUUUCCAGAAACAUCAACUGUCAUAAUACAACAAUCAUCAUCGUUAUCUACCCCUCAGUCUAUACUGCAACCACCAGUAAUAUCUGCAGAAUCUAUUCCUCAACUAACACAAGCGCCUCAAACGCCUUUAUUCAAUAAUAUUUGGGGAGAUAGUCCUUCAACAACAGUGUCACAAACAAUAUCAGUACCCAAAACACCUUUGUUUGAUGAUCCUUGGGGAGAUAAUUCUUCAACAACAGUUUUACGAACAACAUCAACGCUUAAAACACCUUUGUUUGAUGAUGUUUGGGGAAAUACUCCUUCAACAACGGUUCCUCGGCCAUUACAAACAGCUCAACAACUUUCAACACCUAGUAUCGAUCCGUGGAAUAUUAGCGAGUCUGUGAUACCUAUUAUACAACCACCUUGUCGUGUAGAAAAUCCUCUUGCUAAUGUAUUCAAUGUACAUGCGUCGCCAUCAGCAGUGACUAAAACUACUCAACAAUCAGGAUCUACCGUAGGUACUGGUGAUUUAUUUUCAAUGUUUACUACGACUGCACCAACACAUACUUUCAAUACCAAUAUGUUUGAUCAACGAACUCAGCAUACACCUUUUGUUUCUCAACAGCAACCAAAUUUUCCCGAUUUGACAUCUCUUGCACCUUUUACUUCGCCAAUAGCGACAAGUCCAUCUGGUGAUUUCUCUUCAAAAUCAACAGCAGCUAAAACAAUGCUUUUCUCUUCUAUCCCUACUAGCUAG